AAUGGAGAAAUCAGAUCAAUAGAAUUCCCAGCAAGCAUUGCCAACAUUGUUCUUGCGAGGGUUAAGCAGCUUUGGUUUAAGCGCCAUGUUGCAUUUGAUCGCCGUCUUUUGCUCUUUUUACCGGUUUUAGCCCGUCUGAACGUUCUGAUGAGUGCAAAUUAUGGGAGGCGUCUAUUUACAUGGGGCCACUGUCUUUUUUUCUUGUAUUACGGACUGUUAUUGCAUGGAGUGUGUGCUUUUUUUUUCACAUUUCUUUGCCUUUAUAUCAAGUCUCAACUCAAAGAACCGUUUUUUUCAUUCUACGGCGCUGGAUUGCGUCCUUUUUGGUGUGUUUCUAUCAGAUCGGGAGCUCUUUUUACAGAACCAUCCUGCACCAUUAAGAGAAGAAAAAAGAACAAA